AUGCCUUACCUUUGGUACCUUGUUAACCUUGUACUAGAUUUAGAUGAUCCAGAUCUUGAAGCGAUGGAGUACAACGAAAGCCUCUAUAAGCUGGAUAAUAUCAAAACCAUCUACCAUCCGUCUAGCAGCUUACCAUCCCGAAUUGACCCUCUUGAUGACCAUCACCUAGGCAUCUCAGAACUUGACCAUAUUAAAGCGCCAAUUGAUCCCCAACCUUGGCAUCCUUUUCGCUCUCUCCUGGAGUUCGAACUCUGUGAAUUCGUUUUAGACACAUCUCUGACCAACGGGCUCACCGCAACUCUACUCAGCAUUCUUGAAAGGUGCGCUACUAGCCCUACAGCUGCCGAUAAAGACAACACGGAAUCUGUCGCCCACCUGCAUUCCCCCAAAGAUAUUGGCAGGCUUUGGGAUCAGGCCUCAAAUCUUCGAACACCAUUCAAUAAAUCUUCAUUCACUCUCAAACUUAAAGGAAAAGAGUACCAUUACAACGUUUAUCAUCAUUGCCUUUUGAAAUGGGCAGUUGAUUUGAUUCAAGACCCAAAUCUUGCUCCAUAUUUUGUGUGGGAUGCCAUUAAGCUAUCGAAGUGGAAUGGAAAGGAAUUCGUGAGAUUUUGGCAUGAGCCAUGGACAGGAGAUCAUUUUUGGAACCUGCAGGACACCUUACCUCCUGGUGGCAAGCUGCUUUGUUAUAUCUUAUAUGCCAAUAAAACAAGGCUCUCAUCCUUCGAGACUGCGCAAGGGUAUCCUGUUGUUGUUAGAUGUGGGAACUUGCCUGUCGAUAUUCGAAAUGGGAGCGUAUGGCAUGCCGUGUUCAAUUUCAUUUUGAGCCUUUGUUGGGCAGAACUGAUUCAUGUCUUUUCAGUGCUUUUUAUACUUUCAGCGGACUACGAAGAGCAAACGGUCAUGGCAUUAACUCGUGGAAGUGGAGGAAAGAAACCAUGCCCUGUUUGUCUUGUGCCAGACAUUGAACAAAAUAGACUUGAGGCCGAGUAUGAGCAUCGUUCCAGGGAGCAAGUUAGGUCAAUUCUUCAGACAGUCGCUUCAAUGAGGAGAAAGAUGGAUCAGAAUGAACUCCUUUCUGAGUUCGGUCUCUGUAAUAUAGAGAAUGUUUUCUUUAAUUGGGAUCGAGCAGAUCCAUACCUCGCACUUUCGUUUGAUCCAUUACAUGCCAACGAUGAUGGGCUUUUUGGGAAGCACCUGAGGACAGAGGUUGUUGCUCGUAUAACAAAUCUUGGUCGAUCAGAAUGGGAGCAGGCAGAUGCCCAAAUCCGGCUGUUCCCUUGGUGGAGAAAUCUGUAUCAUUUUGAAAGUGGUUUCAUGGCCGUUACAUUCACAGAUGGUGGAAAAUAUGAGGACUUGUCAAAGCAAAUCCUUUACAUUGUCCACAACAUCAUAACUAAACAACGAGAUAAGCAUGGAUAUUUGCUUCUGAGAUGUAUUCACAGUUACCUGGAACUCGACAUGUGUGCCAAACUACAUGUUCAUACAUCUGAGACUCUACAGGCAGUAGAAACAGAGGUGAAGAGGUUUGGCUCACUUAUUCAGGUGAGCGGGUGCUACACAAAUUUCAACACCAAACCAAACGAAAAAAUGCAUGGCUCACUAAAAGAUUCAUACCAGCUUCGCACAAAUUUUAAGGAUAUCGCUGAGCAGAUCUUACGUGUGGACCAGUGGUUCAAUGCCGCAUCCUUCAUUAGACAGCAGAUUGAUAUUCAUGAUCAACAGCUCGAGGAUAUCCAAGUUGAAGAGGAAGGCGAUGAUGAAGGCGAUGGAGAACAUGUCUCUGCUCCUUCUGGUGAGACAGCAGAGCAAGUUGAUUACACGACAAAGGCAUCUCUACAUGGAGGUCAUGGUAAAGGUCAGGGAUCAUGGAAGCUCGAGGACCUGGAGUUGCAGAACGGGGGCAAUCCGGCAUUUACGAACUUUCGGCAAUGCCUGUCAGAGUACAUGGUGGAGGUUUUCAAAACUUACUCAGAAAAAAUCCCUAUCAUCGGUAACGAAAAAGUUGUGUUCACCGAGUUCCAGCUGUAUGAUAAAGUAGACAGGUGGUAUUUUGGCCAGCUUGUUCUCCUGUUUGAGUGUAGCAUAGGUGGAAAGGCAUUUCCGAUUGUGUUGAUCCAUCCAUUUAGUGAACCUGUGGGUCAGAGCCAGGGUCAGGUAGCAUUGGAUUUGGACCUUGGUUUCUAUAGGGUGCGGGCUAAGAAACGGAGUUCAUCAGUCUUCAUUUCCAUUUAUUCAAUUGUACAGGGUGCAUUGCUAGUGGAGGACUUUGGAUACAAGACAAGCAAUGGCCCUGACGCCAGGAAGGAAUAUCUUGUUGUUGAUGCUGUAGAUUCGGACAUGUUCCUUCGCAUGAAGAAACUGUCAUACAUCGGACAACGCCAGAGACGAUGA